GUUGUUUGGCCUUCUUAGAUGUAAAUGUCUUGUGUGUGUUUUCUUGCAGGCAGUUAAUCUUCAGCAAUGUCUUUCAUUUUUGAAUGGAUCUACAAUGGCUUCAGCAGUGUGCUGCAAUUCCUAGGAUUGUACAAGAAAUCUGGAAAACUAGUGUUUUUAGGAUUGGAUAAUGCAGGGAAAACCACUCUUCUGCACAUGCUCAAAGAUGACAGAUUGGGUCAGCAUGUCCCUACACUACAUCCAACAUCAGAAGAGCUGACGAUUGCUGGAAUGACUUUCACAACUUUUGAUCUGGGUGGGCAUGAACAAGCUCGUCGGGUUUGGAAGAAUUACUUGCCAGCAAUUAAUGGUAUUGUCUUUCUGGUGGACUGUGCAGAUCAUUCACGUCUCAUGGAGUCCAAAGUUGAGCUUAAUGCACUAAUGACAGAUGAAACGAUAUCAAAUGUGCCAAUCCUUAUCUUGGGUAAUAAAAUUGACAGACCAGAGGCCAUCAGUGAGGAGAGACUGCGGGAGAUCUUUGGGCUUUAUGGACAGACCACGGGAAAGGGUAAUGUGCCACUGAAAGACCUGAAUACACGUCCCAUGGAAGUGUUCAUGUGCAGCGUGCUGAAAAGGCAAGGUUAUGGUGAAGGCUUUCGUUGGCUAUCUCAGUACAUUGACUGAUAAAUGGACAGACAUAGUCUUACUCCUCUGGACUGAUCCUGUUCACAGCUUCCUAUGGACUUUUCUAUUAGAACAUGGAAGGUUUUCCAACCACAUACUGGCAUUGACCAAGAGACUCCUGGUUUUCAGCUAUCCUAUUGCACAGUGGUGACACAACUCCUUCUCUUUCCCCCCCCCCCCCCCCCCCACAGAACUGGGAGAGAACGCAGUCUGCACACAGGUGCAAAUUGUCCCUUUCAGUUGCCAUCGUUUCCCAUGGAAACCAUGGCUUUCAGUUACAAUGGGGCUGGGGUGCAAAAUUCAGCACACUGCACUGUAGCAGCUGAAAAAGAACACGUCUCACCACUGUGGCUAAUUGACUUAAUAAGAAAGCAAUUAUAUUUUUUAAAGAAAGUGUUAAUGUAAACAGUGUCCCUUCUAACUUUUUAAUUUAACAUUUGUUGUAUUUGGUCCAGAGUCUGUUAGGGUUUUUUAAAACAUAUUUAAUGGUAUUAGAUAUUUCCCAAAUUACUGAACAAAGUAUCAUGAUAUAGAAGUCCUCAAUAAACGUGGAUUUGGGCUUAACUGAUCUGUAGGAUGGUUGUGCUGUGUCACAUUGUCUGAUCGUAAAGAGGGUGCUGUUGACUGACUUGUGCAAUCAAGGUUUUGUUUUUUUUUUGUUUUUUUUUUAAUUCACAGGGAUUUUAGUUGUGGGGGUGGGGGGAGGGAAAGGGCACAUAAGCACACCUGUUUUUGUUGCUGCCUCAAGUUUAGGUGUUUUGAAUUAAAUUACCAACCUCUGGUCCUUAAAGUGAUGACCCAUCAGCAGUCUUUCUACUGUGGCAGGUUCUAUUUACUGGGCUCACUCUACAAUGUGGAAUGUUGCAGGGUUGCAGUGUACUAUAACAGUAAAAAUCAUGAGGUGGUUGUGUGGGGUUAUUGUAGCAUGAAAAGUGUUCAACACUUGCAUAUCUUAAGUUUAUUAAUGUAGACUAAACCAGUUUAUUUUAUAUUUGGCAGAUUUUGUCUAAAGUUUCAUUGCUGUCUAGAGCGCCUCUUUUUCAGUUAAAUAAAGACAUGCCUUUCUCUUCAAGGGUUGGUGAUCCUUAGUUUAAACUGAUCAAAGCUCUAGUAACUGGCAAGCACCCUUUAUGUUGUAGUGAAAGGUGUCUGAGAGAAUCUUGUAAAAACUUGUCUACCAUGUGCCUCCCUCACCCUUCCCUAGCCCACUUAUUGUUUAUAUCAUGAACUGCUACAAAUGGAAACGAGAAUAAUCCCAGCUGUGUGUGUUCUCUGCUAUCAAAACUUGCUCUCAUUCAUUCUAUUUACUGUGGGGAUUAUACUGCUGUAACAUGGGAAAUAGAUUCAACUCUGAGCUGACCUAGCACUUUAUUCCCUUCACAAACAUUUGUUAUUCCUAGUAAGGGAAAAUGAAACACCCUUUUAAAAAAUAUAUUCAGUAAUGUAUUUCCCAGGCUUUCUGGGAGUUGUCACUUCUGCAAGUGGUUUUAGCAAACAUUUAAGAUCAUACACUUGAAAAAGUAAGACUCUCUUACCAUGAACUAGUUUUGUGUAUUCAACCCAGCUUCUGACAUUUGAAUUUUUUUGUUAUGAUUAGCAUUGCCAUCCAUUCUCUACAGAAGCACAACUAAAAAGCAACCUGCAGUAACGGGUUAUAGUGUAGUGUCAGAAACAAGUCAGUUUUUUUCAAUCAGAAAUGGGCUAAUGUGCUGCAAUAAUGGUGUUUACUCUUUAUUUUGGCCUAGAGUCUAACACUGUUACUUAUUUAGAAAUCUUUUAUCCUUCACAUUUCACUAAGUUAAACUGAGCCUUCCGUGAGGCAAAAAUUGAAUGGAUGGCUGAUUGUUUUCCCCCGCCCUUUCAGUAGCAGAAAUUUGACUCUGACUCACCCUGGGAUAUAUAGAGAGCCUGCCUGCCUCUAGAAUUUCAGGUGAUUAAAACAUAAAAUGACUGCAGUGUGUCCCCAUUAGAGUUUGUAUGCAAGCCAAGGUCACAGAAGUGGUCUCCGUUGGGUUUUUGUCACUUCAUAACACGUAUAAGGGUUCUAAGAGCAUUUGUGGAGCCAAGAUUGUUUGUGGAUUUAGUACAAAGAUGCUGCUGUGAACCUGACCUUCAUCAUAGUGGUUCUAGUUACGAGCUGAAGAAGACUGCCAAUCUCUUGCUCAGUCAGAAACACUACAGUAUUACAUUUAGAUUCUUUAGGAUAGUUUGCUGUGACUCGCAGUGCAUCAGGGUGGUAGGUCUCCUAAUUCCUGUUAAUAAACAAAACCCAGUAGUUCCAAUUAUCUAAAUGUACUAUGGCUCUGCACUUAUAGUGUCUAGAAGGUUGGUGCCCUGACAUAGCACAUUCUUCUGUGAAGGUGGUGUCUCUACCACUGGAGAAAGAAAGAAAGAAAACAGUAGUAAAUAACUCUGAUCGUUUACUCUGUACACCUAUAGGGUACAUUCCCUAUAUACAAAUACUUGCUAAAAUGUUUUGCUGUAAAGUUUUAAUAUAUACUUCAGGAAUUGGGGUACAGAUAAGUUAUAGUAAACUUAGGUAACUCUUAAGUCUGUCAUAGAAGUGCUUGCUUUAAUUUCCAGAAAUGGGAGAACUAUACAUAUUUUUGCAAAAAAAAAAAACCAUCUGUAUCCAAAGCAUUUUAAUAAAAUUUUUAAAAAAAAUCA